AUGGAGAGAGACAAAAUACAGAUGGGUAUUUUCUCUCUUUUUCCAAAUGUCUGUCCCUCCAAAUAUGUACCUGUCUGUUUUUCCAGAUAUGUACUUGUUUAUUUUUCUCUAGAUGUGUAUUUCUCUCCUGAUGGGGAUAGCCCUCUCCUUCUCACUCUCUCUCCAAACGUGUAUCUGUCUCUCUCCCAAUGUGUACUUCACUCUUUCUCUGCAUGUGCAUUUCACUCUCUAAAUAUGCUUUUUUCUCUCUCUAGAUGUAUAUUUGUCUCUGCUUAUGUGUAUGUUUCUCCAGAAGUAUAUUUGCCUCUUUGCUCAUGUGUAUUUAUCCCUCACGCUCAAAAUAUGCAUUUAUCUCUCUCCAGAUGGUUGUCUGUCUCUCCAGAUGCCAAAUAUUUGUCUCUUUCUUCAGAUGUCAAAUAUGUACUUGUCUUUCUUUCCAUAUUUGACUCCUUUCUCUAG